GAAACGCUGGUAUGUCGCCAUUUUUAAAUGUCUCGCGUGCUCUAACCAAUUUGCACAGCAUGGCGCGUGCAUUAGUUUCGCUUCGCUAGCUUGCAAAAGUAGAGUUACCUACGCAAAAGUGCUCGAGUACGCCGCAAGUCUUGCGGUUGAGCAAGAUUUCAUUUUGGUAAUCGGGCUCCUCCGGCUACAGUUCAUCAAUUCCGUGACGCUUCUCCGACUAGACGUAGCUCGUGCUUCAAGUUGCCAAGCUGCUGAUUCUCAAGACGUGUUCAUUUCGUGACAACAUCGCCUACGCGCGUCAUGAAAGUGUUGGCAUUGGUUAGUGGCGGUAAGGACAGCUGCUUCAACAUGAUGAAGUGCGUCGAAAGUGGUCACGAAAUCGUCGCCCUAGCCCACUUGAAGCCGAAAGACAGUGAUGAGAUCGACAGCUACAUGUACCAGUCUGUAGGCCAUGAAAUCGUUGACCACUACGCUGAAGCCAUGGGGCUGCCGCUGUUCGAGGGCGACAUCGUUGGCAAGCCGUACAACCAAGCAAGCGAGUACAAGGUCACGGAAGGGGACGAAGUUGAAGAUCUUUUCAAGUUGAUGACAUGGGCUAAAGAGGCAGUUGACUACGAAGCUGUGUCUGUUGGGGCCAUUUUUUCAGACUACCAGCGUGUGCGUGUUCUUAACGUGUGUGACCGACUAGGUGUCAAGAUGCUGGCCUAUCUCUGGCACCGUGACCAGGCCCAGCUUCUGAGGGAGAUGCUAGACUGUGGCAUUCAUGCCAUCCUUAUAAAGGUUGCUGCCUUGGGUCUGGAACCUCACAAACACCUGGGGAAAACCUUGGCUGAAAUCUACGACCACAUGAUCUCAAUGGAAAAAAAGUAUGGCCUUAACGUCUGUGGCGAAGGUGGCGAAUAUGAGACUGCCACUCUGGAUUGCCCGCUGUUUCGCAAGCGGAUUGUCGUAGAUGAAAGUGAAGUUGUAAUUCACUCUGAUGAUGCAUUCGCACCUGUGGGCUACCUGAAGAUAAAGCGAAUGCACCUUGAAGAUAAGCCAGGCUGCGACAAAGAUGCACGAGCAACACCGAAAGUAUCAUUACCACGUUGAUUAAAGGGAAUAUUUA